GCCCGCUGUCCGCCAUCUUGGAGCGUCUUCUUCUCUGACGUUCGGAAGAGCCAAUCACAGCCCAGAGCCGUACCGCGCACAAUUGUGGCGUCACAUGUUUGUUUGUUUACUGCGCAGUGACAGCCAGCCUCAAAAGUUGACAGCUGGCCAGCAGGUGGCGGGAGUGCGUCUCUGUGCACCCGCAGAGGAAGAGGAGCAGGAUGCGGAAGAGCUGGUAGGCGUUCUCGGACCCGGAUGUUCCGACCCGGUUCGAUCAUGGAAAGCCCAGAAUUGUCCUUCACGCUGGCUUACGUGGUCCUCGCGUUCUGCUUCGUCUUCACCCCGAACGAGUUCCGCGCGGCCGGGCUUACGGUGCAGAACGUGUUUGCGUCAUGGCUCGGGAGCGAGGACGUUGGCUUCAUCCAGUACCACGUAAGGAGGACGAGCGUGACCGCGCUUGUGCACUCAGCGCUGCCUCUGGGUUAUUACCUGGGCAUGUGUGUGGCGGCUCCAGAGAAGAACCUGGUGCUCAUCCAUCAGGUGAGCGGCGGCUGGCGGACCUUCCUGCUGCUCUCUCUGUUCCUACAGUUUCUCAGCUGGACACUGGUCAUCUACUGGUCCCGCCGUCAUUGGCACAAUCACCCCAUCAGCCGGGCACUGCAGGCCCAUGUGCGCCCCCCCUACUCCAACUGGGGCGCCGUGGCAACUAGCAUCAACACGGAGUUCAGGCGGAUUGACAAGUUUGCCACCGGCGUUCCUGGAGCCAGCGUGGUCGUGACGGACAGCUGGGUGCUAAAGGUGACCACCUACCACGUCCACGUGGCCCUGCAGAGCGAGUGUCAUGUGACCGUGACGCAGUCCCGGCAGCACCAGCUGAGUCCAGACUCGGGCUCCCCUGUGGAGAUCCUGACUCUGAGGGUGGACAGCAUCAACCCUGCUGUCAGAGCCUUCACCAUCAGGGUUAACUCCUCGGAUUAUGCAGACUUUAGGGAGAAGCUUCAUGCUCCUAUCAGAGUUUCUCCCAAUGUGGUGAUCCACCAAACCAUGAGCGAGCUCUUCCUGGAGACCUUCAGGUCUCAGGUGGAACUUAACCAGGUCUACAGGCUUCCAGCAGGACAGGAGGUGGAGUCCUGCAUCGGCUGCAUGCAGGUUCCUGCAGGAAUCAAGCUGGUCCGGCUGUGUCAGACUGCAGGACCGGAUCAGGAGUCCGAGUGCCAGGAGUGCUUCUGCAGGCCCAUGUGGUGCCUGAUGUGUUUGGGCCGGUGGUUCGCCAGUCGCCAGGACCAGCAGAGACCUGAGACCUGGCUGUCCAGCAGAGUCCCCUGCCCAACCUGCAGAUCCAAGUUCUGCAUUCUGGACAUUUGUACGGUCCAUUAAAAGCUUAACCUGUGACUCAGGGGAGUGAAUCGGACCGGUUCUGAAGAUGGACUAAGUGACUCACAGACGUGAAUUGAAUGUGUUCUUACAGUUUGAGCUUUAACUGCCAGGUUCUGACGUCAGGUUCUAACGAGGACAAUCAGAACCUCCUGACUUUUUGACAAAGCUGGUACGAGUCGGAUCUUCAUCAUCACUGAGCUUCUUGACCCACUUGCCUGAAGGAACCAACAUUCUCAAGAAUUCUUUGGGAUGGAGGUUCUGACCCGAGCGCUAUGUGAGCGGCCCGGACAUUUACCUGAGUCGUUCAUGUGAGCACAAAGACUGCAAUCCUAAUUUAUGAAGACUCAAGAAGUUGACAAUUGGAUUAAGUUCUGAUCCAAACAGGCAGGUGACCCCUCAAACUGAUUCAUUCAUCCAUCAGCAUUUAAAGGUGCUUUCACACCGAACGCAAUCGUUGCGGAGGCGGCCAGUUUCAAUGUUAGGUCAAUGGUACAGAUGCAACAAGAGGUGAUCUAAAGUCGCGCGGCGCGGUUUGAGCGACGAGGUGCGAAUAAGGUGGCGCGGCCAAAAUGUAAAUAUCUGAAGUUUGACAGGUCGCCACGUCACAUCUACCUAUCAGGAACUCAGCUUUGGGCAUGUGGCGUUUUCAGUGACUCGAUCGGUGGGUGGAAUACUAGUCCAAAGGGAGCGUUUUUGUCCUGAACUUUCAUCUAUUUCAUUAACCCAUUGGAGUCGCUGGGUUGCAGAGCUCAUCCGGCUACUUUGGGGUGAAGGCGGGAUAAACUCUGGACAGAUCGGUGACUUUUGCUACUGCGGCGGAGCUCACUUGCUCAAUAUGUCGGCAGACGGAGAGCCGCUGCAGGGUGUGGAGGCUUCCAGCUCGGGUCUCAUCAAAACAUUAAAAAAAAAUAAAUAAAAAAAAGGUCUUCGAUUUUAUUUUAUUUUUACCUCUCAGGUUAAUAUAAGACAGUGAGCCUUCAAGCUCAGACAAAGAGACACAGAAACACGGUGGAAGUGACUGUCAUACAGACGCAGCCCCUGUACCGGGAAAAUCUUUGAAUGAUAAACAUAUAAAUCCAAACAUGGAGACAUGAUUACUGAUGUUUUUGUAGAACUCUUCACAAAAAAUAAACCUGAUUUCUCAACAUCAUUUGAGAACCAGCAAAUUUGUCACAUGAUGACAGAGGGGCGGGGCAUGCAAAUUUGUCGCACGAAUCGCGUUCUGUGUGAAUGCACCUUUAGACUGGGAGGUUGAUGGGUAGGGGGGGGAAGAGAGAGCAGAGCAUGACUGUGCUCAGGAGUGUGACACUUUACCCACAAGUGACUUAAAGCCAAAGCGUCCUGUGGAGAUUCAGUGAUCUCUGAAAAGUAUUUUCAAAUGAAUGUGAUGAAUAAACAGAUCACGUGUUUAUCA